GGACCCUCGGUUAUUGUAAUGAGGGGUCUCCCUUUCAACGCGAGCGCACAAGAUGUAAUGAAUUACUUCCAAGGUUUCCCGGAGGUAAACCCCGACACGAUUCAGUUGCAAAGAAAUGCAGAAGGAAAACCAAAUGGUGAUGCAUUGAUAACAUUUUCAUCACGUAUGGAGGCAGAACGUGCAAUAUUGGAAAGAAACAGACGAAUGCUGGGUUCCCGCUUCAUAGAACUGUUUUUG